UUCCUCUUUCUCUCAACUUUGCUCCCUCUUUCUCUUUCUCCUUUUUCCAUCAUCUCUUUCUAUCUUCUUUCCUUUCCUUUCCUUUCCUUUCCUCUCUUUCUCUCUAUUUAUCUUCUCUUUCUUCUGUCGUAUCCUUAACAUGCUCUCUUUUGGUGACUCUCUCCAGUUUUAUCUUCUAUUCCUCUCUCCCUAUUCUCUCUCAACAAGCUCCCUUUUUCUUACUGGUUUUCAUCAGAAGAAUAAACCAAAGUUUUGAAUUUUUGUUCGGAAAGGCAGCAACAAUAUUUGUUAUAACUCUACAAUCAACAACAAUCAACAACAACACAAAUAUAACAACAAUCCAACUUGUAUCUUCUGUUUGUUUCUUUUCGCUCUUUCUAUUCUCUUUCUCAAAGUUGUCUCUCUUUUCUCUCUGUCUUCAUUAUUCUUUCUAAUUAUCAAUAAUUUCAAUUGAAUAUUUUUGUUUGUUUCUUGUGUUUUGAUUUUCUCUCUCACCAGAAUAAUCAUCACAAUUCACCAAUAAUCUCAAAUUUUAUUAUUCUCUUUCUGUGCUUGUGUUUUUCUCUCUUAUUUUUCUUUCUUUCUCUCUCUCUCUCUCUCUCUGUUGUUUUACUAUCCAUUUUUGUUAUACUUCUCUGAUCUUGUUUUGAAUUUUUAUUCCAAUUUAUCUUCUAUUUAUAUGAAUCUUACACUUAUUAUGAAGUCCUCAUGAAUCGAGUUUAUCACAAUCAUAUAAAUAAUUCUAUGUAUAAUCAGUAUGGACAUGGACCACCAUCAGUUCGACCUGGAGGGCCACCUCAACCUCAUCCAGGUCACCACCCUGGUCAACAUCAUCAGGGUCACCUUACUGGUCAUCACCCGGGUCAUCCUAAUUCUCACCCUGGUGGACCACAACAUCAUCCCCAUCAUUCACAAAUGACAAAUUAUGGAAAUGGACCCAUGAAUAGUGGAGUAACCGGUGAAUUACCAACAACCCGAACAGCUCGGCCUGGACCUUAUCCUACUCCUCAACAAUAUAUGAACCAAAAGUGGGCAUACAAUGAAUCGUACAACAAUAAUUACAACAAUUACAAUUCAGGGCAGGGUAAUGUUCAAAACAUGGUACCAGGAAAUCGUCAACAAGGACAACCUCAAGCACAAUCAGAACAACAACCACAGCAACAACAACAACAACAACCGCCGCAACAUUACAGCAACAACAAUCAGUACUCAAAUCAAUCGGGUUUGAUGCAAUACGGCAAAACUGGAAUGCAGAGCUCAACCUCAGGAGCAACAAUAAACUAUGGUUCUAACAUGGGACCUAUGCAAGGCCAUCCAAUAGUCAAUAAUGUACAUAAUAAUGCAUCAACAGGCUACAACGGAAGUGUACCUCCCAAUGGACCAACACUUCGUGCUAAUAUGAGAGUUCAACAUUCUGCACAACAACAACAACAACAACAACAACAACAACAACAACCGACAACUUACCCAACACCACCUCAUUCUAAUCCAAAUUCUGGAUAUAAUCCAAUGAAUGGUAAUUAUGGUACCAAUGGUAUGUGUCAAACAAUGAACGGUUCUGUUGGUGUACCUGUGGUUGGUGGGCCUCAAGUUGCUAUUCGAUCUGCCGCUCAAAUGGGCGCAAUGAACAGUUAUGAUGGUUCAAUGGCAGUUAACGCGGGAGCAUAUAUGCCAAUGAAUCCAGCACAAGGGCAACAACAAUCUCACCGUCAACUUCAACAACAACAACAACAACAACCACCACAUCAACAAAUUCAUCAACAACAACCUCAUCCACAGUCUCAUCAAUCCCACCAACAACAACCUCUCCCACAACCCCAUCAGCAACCCCAUCAACAGCUUCGCCACCAACCUCAAUCUCAACCGCCAUCAACACUUCAUCAUCGCCAUCAUCCGGCUCAGCAACCACCUCCACCACAACAACAACUUAAACAUCAUCAUCAUCAACAACAACAACAACAACAACAGCAACAACAACCUCCUUACAUAGCAGGGCCUGUGAUGAAUCAGAUGUACAAUAACAUGAACCGAAAUGCUGGACAAGUAGGAACCAACAUUCAAUACAAUCAACAUUUACCUAUUCCAGGUAACCCAACACCACCAUUAACACCAGCCUCAGGAAUGCAGCAACCCUAUCCUGCCGAUAUCAAGCCUAAUUUCACUGCCAAUGGUAACUCUGGACCCGGAGGUGUAGUGAACGGUGUGAUUGGUGCCAGAGUUAAUGCUGGUCCUGAUCAAACAACGAUGAUUAACCAAGGAAUAAUGAAACAUAAUUCGAAAGAUGAACCUCGUUUAGUUUUUACCUUAAAAGACGGAGUACUUUUAGAACCAUUUCGCAUAGAUCAUGAAGUUCAAGUUAGCGAUCGUACAUUUGACAUACCCCCUGAAAAAUACCAUCAAAUUCAAUCAAGUGAUGAUUUUGACAUCCAAUUAAAAUGUUUUCAUCAUCAAGAUAAUCUAGCGAAGAGCCCAAAUUGGCCUCAGCAAGUGCAAGUCUCAGUCAACAAUCAACAAAUACCCAUAAUCCGGGGUAAUGAUACAUCAGCUCAUAAACCAUUAUUUUUAAAAUCAGUGAUUAAACCAAAUCGUAAUACUAUUCAAAUAACAUCUCAAGAUUGUUGCUGUUCCCAUUUAUUUAUAUUACAAGUUGUCCAUCAACCAACGGUGACAUCGGUAGCGUCCGGACUAUUACCACAGAGACUUGUUCCCGCUCUUAGAUGUAUCGAGAAAAUCAAACGAAACUUCACCAAUAAUCGAGUUCACAAUAAUCCAAAUUACCUUUGGACACCACCUAUAACUCCCGUUGACGAUUGUUCUGUCGUUGAACAAACGGCUAUUAAAUUAUCACUGAAAUGUCCCAUAAGCCAUAAAAGGAUAUUAUUACCUGCUCGUGGGUCAGAGUGUAUUCAUAUUCAAUGUUUUGAUCUCAAUAGUUACCUUGCAAUGAAUGCCGAAAGACCCAGUUGGCGAUGUCCAAUUUGUAAUAAAGGUGUUGCUUUAUCAAAUAUUGAAGUUGACGAAUAUAUUUGGGGUAUUAUAACUAAUCUUCGUGACGAUUCAUAUGAAAUAUCAAUGACGCCUGAUGGAUCUUGGAAUGGUCUUGAUAGUAAGGGAAUGCCAAUAACUAAUCAACAUCAACCACAAUUACCCCAUCCUCAUCCUCAUCUUCAACAUCAUCAACAACAUGCACAUCAACAUCCUCAUCAACUUACACAUGGACAUGCACAUCAACAUCAGCAACAUCAUCAUCAUCAACAGCAGCAACAGCAACAACAACAACAACUACCAUUACAACAACAUUUCAAAGAGGAACCAGAUUCUCUUGGAUCUCAUUGUAUCACAAACACUUCCACGGCCAUUGCUGCCACCACCAACAACAACCACAUCCACAUUACCAACAACAUUAACGUCAACAACAAUAAUAAUGUUGCAACAAAAAGGAAUAAGCGUAUGAAGACAAUGUCACCAACUAGUUCAUCAAUGCCAUCAACCUCUAAUUCUUGGGAAAUAGGACAAGGCCUUUCAGCAACAGGCAACAUUGCUCCAAACGUUUCAUCAGCAGUUACAACCGAUUCCUCACUUUCAGGAGGGAUCGUAUCAUCUGGUACAACUGUAGCCGCGACUGGAGCACAGAAUUACCCACCGUCAGCAUUACCUGGCAUGUCUGAGAUGGUUUCAAAUGGUUCACCAUUUGAUUUCCAUUCAACGCCAGGCUCAGAAUAUUCAUCAAUCUCUCAUCUUCCCAAUUCCCUUUCAUCAACCUCGAUAUCUGACAAUCCACUUGAUCCAUUGGCGGCUAUGGAGAAAUCAUUAUCUCAACAUGACUUUGGCUCUCACCAUGAAAAUAUUUCUAAUAUUACUAGUAUUAAUCAUAAAUCACCACAAAAUCAUCAUAAUCAUUUAAAUCACCACCAAUCAAGCCAACAACAACAGCAUUCUCAACCCCAACAACCUCACCAACAACAGCAGCAGCAGCAAAAUCUUCAUUCGCAAUCCCAUCAACACCCACCUCAUCAGCAAUCCUCUCAUCCAUCUCAUUCUCACCUGCAACAUCCAUCAAAUGCACAAACACCUCAACAACAAUCAAACCAAUCUCAACAACAACAACAAUCAUUACUACAACCAAAUCAACAACAGAAUCAAUCUCAGUCAACAGAUUCUGGUCUACUAUCUCAGAAUUGUUCCUCCAUGGGCUCAGGUAGCUCUAACAAUGGUUCUAAUGGUUCUUUAUCAUCAAUACCCAAUGGACCACAUACUCCACACACACCUCACACUCCUCAUACACCACACACACCAAGUAAUAUGGGCCCACCUUCAGUGAGUAGUGCAAAUGUAACUCCCAAUUCAAAUGGUGAUCCACUUAACAAUAAUCCGGGAAGCAAUGCAAGUAAUGCAAGUAGUAAUAAUAGUGGUAAUAACAAUUCCAUUGGUACUGAUCUUGGUGAUCUCAAUUUCGAUCCUGCUGCCAUCAUCGAAGGAGAAGGACAAGGACAGGAAGGACUUAAUCUUUUACCUGAAAACGUUGUCGAUCCAAUGGAACUCCUUUCAUACUUGGAUACACCAGAAACAACAGCUUCCUUAGCCAUGACAUCUUCAACAAGCUCGUCAUCUAGUAGUAAUUUACUUAAUUCAAGUUCAUUACCAUCAUCAUCCUCUGACAAUGAUGAUAUACUUUCCCUCUUUACGUGAUUUAAUCCAUUGUAAAAAGUACACACACAACAACAACAACUAAAGACUUGAAAGAAACAACAAAAUCACCUACAAAUUUACAUAAGUAAAAAAAAACUAUCAGUGCCGUUGACAAAUUAUAAUGAUAUUAUUAUACCAAGAAACUAAAAUUGUGACAAAAAAUUAGUUUAAUCAGGAAAACACAAGGACAAAGUUCAAGACCUGGUCAGUUUUCAACUGUAUAAACAACCGGUAAUAAUACCUACAAUCAACAGCAAAUGUAAUUGUUGGAGCAACUGAAAAAAAUGACCCGAUCAACAGAUCACUAAGCUUGGAUUGUAAGAGCAACAGCAGUCGCGAGACAAACACGCUUGUUGCUUGACCAACCUUAGCACCCCAGGAAUACAAAGCUGCAACAACUACGACAACAACAACAACAACCACAAGGACAACAAAAUAUACAUUAUAUACAAAAUAUAAGCAUCGACAAUAUCCAAAAAUGAAAACAAAAUUGCAACAUGUAAAUACAUGUAUAUAAAUACAACAUAAACAAAUCAUUUUGAUUAUAUAUAUAAAUUAAAAUCGAUCAUAAAAAAAGUCUCAUCAUUGAAUCAACAAAAAACAAUUAAAAAACAAAACUAAAUCAA